AUGGGUUCCAUCCUACAGUAUGCCGUUACUGGGACGUUCAUCAGUACCGCUGUAAUAGUCGUUGCCACAUAUGUGGUCAUUUUCGACGUCAUGAAUGGAAUCAGUGAGUUCCAGGAAGAAAUCGAAAAGGAUCUCGAUCAAUUUAAGGAAGAAAUCGAAAAGGAUCUCGAUCAAUUCAAGGUAAUCGCCAAUGACGCAUGGAAAACGAUGAUGGCCGCGCAACCAUCCCGGGGUGAUUCGCAAUCGGCUGUGUUCAACGGACGUGUACGAAGAGCUGGUAGUUACAAAGAGGGCGGUGGAGGAAGUUACGGAGGUGGCCGUGGUGGAAGCAGUGGAAUAAGCGGUGGAUCUUACUCUGGCGGUGCUCGCGGAGGAAGCGGAGGACGUGGAGGAGGAGGAUAUGGAGGAGGUGGACGUGGAGGGGGUGGUGGUUGCCAAUGCGCUGCUCAGGCGAGCAGCUGCCCUCGGGGACCGCCAGGGCCACCCGGUGAGCCUGGACUCCCAGGAGAUGAUGGUCUUCCUGGACAAGCAGGAGCACCAGGAGGUGCCGGCACUUAUAUGCAAAGUGGUGGAACAGGUGGAUGUAUCUCGUGCCCUGCCGGACCUCAAGGGCCUCCUGGACCCGAUGGAGCUCCAGGACCAGCUGGACCAAGUGGAAAUCCUGGAAUGGACGGGCAAGGCGGUGGCGGAGGAAAUGCUGGACCCAUGGGACCACCCGGACCACCUGGAGCGAAUGGAAAUGCAGGAGCACCCGGAAUGGAUGGGCAGCCUGGAGCGCCAGGUAUUUGA